UUUAGUUUACAGUAACAAGUCAUCGAGAGAGGUGGUUUUCAGGUUAAAGGAUGGCAACAGCGGAUGAUUUGGCUAUCGCUAUAGGAUCGCCUGGACGAUUUCAAAUUGUGUUAUGUUUAAUGGUGUCUGUUUCGUCUUUCUUCGUCAGCUGGGGGUAUCUUGGAAUGGCUUUUUAUGCUGCGGAGACUGAUCAUCACUGUCUUCUUCCAAACUCCUCGACGAACAUUGAUGAUUUCAUACCGACUGUAAAAGAAAACGGCAAAGAAGUCUUAGAUCGCUGUCAUCUUUAUUCCGACGUCAAUAAAACUACGAAAAUAUCCUGUACUCAUGGUUGGACAUAUAAUCUUUCUGACGGGGAGACAACAAUUAUUUCAGAGUGGGAUCUUGUCUGUAAUGACGUUUACAAAAGUAACAUUGCCACUGUACUAUAUAGUUGUGGAAUGAUGUUAGGAAUACUUUUUGGUCAGCUGUCAGAUAAAUUUGGAAGGAAACCUGUGUUUCUGUUUACAACUUUCUCACCUUUCAUUGUGGGCAUUGUCAUUUUCUUCACUAAUAACUACAUCGUUUUUGUAUUUUGUCGUUUUGUCCUUGGCUUUCUCUUGGAGGGUUUACAAUCAGUAUCGUACGUCAUACCAAUUGAACUUUUCGCCAGUAAAUAUCGAACGACAUUCACGCUAUUUAAUGCAUUAUUCUGGGGUAUUGGUGUUAUGAUUCUUGCUCUUAUAUCCUUUGUGUUGCAAGAUUGGAGAAAGAUCCAUCUAUUUACAACUGCCUGUGUGGUGGUACAGUUGCCUUUGAUCUGGUUUUUACCGGAGUCCUUUCGUUGGUUGUUUACACAAAAUAAAGUUGACGAUGCAAGGGCUGUAGUUGAAAGGAUAACAAAGUUUAACAAGUUGCGUUUUCCUCGUGAGAUAUUUGACGACGUCGCUCAUUUCGUGAAUGACAAGGAUGACUUGCGUUCCAAGAGAGUUUACACGUUUUUUGAUCUGUUGAAGUCACGUGAACUAAGAAAGCGAUUGGUGAUAGCAGCUUUUGUUUGGAAUUCAAUCGUGCUUACUUAUGUUGGCCUGACACUCGAAAAUUCAAAACUUGCUGGCAAUAAAUAUCUUAAUUUCUUUAUUGGUGGCGUUUUAGAGGUCGUCAUCGUCGUUAUAAUAAUGUUCAUCCUUCACAGGUGUGGUCGUAAAAACAUUGCAAGCCCUUUAUUGCUUUUUGCUGGUAUAGCGUGUUUCGUUUCUGUCGCUCUACGAAAUAACAAUGAAUCUCUUGAUCCCCUGCGAACAUCCCUAUCUCUGUUUGGACGGAUGUGUUUAGCUGGAGACGUAGCUGUUAUGUUCAUUUACACGGCCGAGUUGUUUCCAACAGUUGUAAGAAGUGUUGGUCUCGGUUUUUCUAUGUUUGGUGCAAGGGUUGGCUAUAUUUUAGCUCCACAAAUCAACCUGAUUGGCAGCUACACGUAUGAGUCGGUGCCGUAUGUUAUUUUUGGAAGUUUUGCUCUCCUUGCUGGGCUGUCCCUGAGAGCAAUGCCUGAGACACUGAAUGUUAAACUUCCUGAAACUAUUGAAGGAGUACACAAAAAGACAGAGUCAAACAAAGUAGCAGGAUCUUCCCUUACAAUAAUGUCAAAGACAGAAAAUGUUGAACUUCCCGACUCUACUGAAAGCGAGGUCAAGACAAACUCAAGAAAUGUGGCAGGAUCUUCUCUCACAGUGAUGCCAGAGACAGUGAAUGUUGAAAUUCCUGACUCUACUGAAAGAGAGGUCAAGACAAACUCAAGAAAUGUAGCAGGAUCUUCUCUCACAGUGAUGCCAGAGGCAGUAAAUGUUGAACUUCCUGACUCUACUGAAAGAGAGAUCAAGACAAACUCAAGAAAUAUGGCAGGAUCUUCUCUCACAGUGAUGUCAAAGACAGAAAAUGUUGAACUUCCUGACUCUACUGAUAGAGAGGUCAAGACAAACUCAAGAAAUGUGGCAGGAUCUUCUUUAACAGUGAUGUCAGAGACAGGGAAUGUUGAACUUCCUGAAACUAUUAAAGAAAAGGACAAGACAAACUCAAGCAAUGUAGCAUGACGACAAGAGGAAGGCAAACAAUAUAAAGCAAUAAAACCAUAAAAAUAUAAACAAGUUUCGUCAAAGACUAUUUACCAGGAUUUGAUGAUCGCUGGGGUGAAGUUGGGGAUUUUUGUGUAUCCAUGGAAAUAAUCGCUGGAAUUCUAUUCAAGAUAAUCGUAUGAUAGGAAUAUAGGAAUAAUAGGAUGCAUUGGAUUUAGAAGGAAUCUCGCGUAUGAUUGCUUGACAUGAACGUAGAACGUUUACACACGAACGUGAAACGUUGAAAUACCAACACAAAAAUUGAUUGAAUUCAAAUAUUUAGGUUCAUGAUGUACAUAUGAUGUACAGAGUGAUUUAAAAAACUUCAACUGUAUGUGUAGUUUGCAUAGGAGACAAUUCAAAUUUGCAUCCCAUUUUUUUUAGUAAUGUAUUUUUGUAUUUUUCAUUUUUUAUCAAAUAAUAUUUAAGUAUAAUAUGAUAUUUCAUUCUCAUGUUCUGAAA